AUGACUCUUCAUUACGUGAUAUCCCUGUAUAUAAGAAAUACUCUAAUAAGAAAUCUUCCUAAUGAAUUGUUGUGUGAAUUAAAAAUUUUCAUUUCAGAUGAAGAAAAUGAAAAAUCGGUUGGCGUGAUUCUAAAUGGCUCCGAAUCAGAAUUAGUAUUUUUUGAGUAUCAGUUUGUUGGAGAUAGUAAUAAAAAUUUCACCGAAGCGUUCGGCCCUGAUGCUUACCUGGUGGUCUAUUCCGUUAACUCUAAACGAAGUCUUCAAUCUGCAAAAGAGAUUCUCAAGUUGAUUCAUAAGUGGGACAACAUUGAUAUGAAAGCUGUCAUCCUAGUCGGUAACAAGACAGAUCUUGCACGACAUCGUGUCCUUUCUACAGAUGAUGGACGUUCUCUAGCUAUUGAAGAAGGGAGCAAAUUUAUAGAAACUUCAGCAGGCAUCAACCAUCAUGUCGACGAACUUUUGGUUGGCAUUCUUUCUCAAAUACGUCUGAAACUGUCUUCCCAAGAAAGAACUUUGCAGAAAAGAGAAUCUGUAAGCUUAGGAUCUGGUGUGGGUGGGACCAAAAUUCGUGGUGGUAAAUGCCAUGGGUGUGCAGGUUGCAAAGCCAAGGGUCUUCUUAAACGAAUCUUGAAAAAAGCUUGCUCCAAAUCGAAAUCAUGUGACAACCUCUUGGUGUUGUAAAGAAUAUUCGUUCAUAUUUGUGUUUCUGAAACUAAUCUAAUUUUCUUAUUCAAUUCAUCAAACAUCGCAGAUCUACUGAACCAAUGUACUGUUGAACUUUUAUGGUGUUUUUUAACUGCAUUUCUUCCAGGGAAACGAAAUAUUAGAACUGCGUAGCGCAUCACUCAGAGAAAAGUUAGAUUCUUAUUGUUUAUCUGGGCACCAGACGAAAAUAUUGAAGAUUCGUUCAAAAAUCUCAUGCAACAGAAAACAAAACCAAAAAAAAAAAUGUUUCAUAAUGUUAUUAUUUUAAUUUCAGUAAUAUUUUUAUGCACAUAUUUAUGAAUAUUUGUCUAAAUAAUUUUUACAGGAUAAAAGAAUUACUUUCUUUAACCUUAGAUCGCUUUUUCCUAGCACGAUACGACACUGACGAACGAUAUAGGAUCUAGUAAAAUGCAUUGCAGAAGCAUACGGGCUUUCCCACGUUCCGAUACGAUAAUAUUUCUCCGACAUAGCAAUAUCGUUUAUGUAAACGACAUGUCUUAUGAGCACCCACGUAUCCCAACAAACCUUACCGAUAUUUAUUUUUAUUUUUUAACUUUUCAAUUUGGUUUUACUCUUUUGUUUUAUAUUUAACUCAGAUAUCAGUGCAAGUUAAUACUGUUAUAUUAUUUAUUUUAAUAUAAUUACAGACAGUAUAAUUAUUUUAUUAUCCAAUAUGCGUGAAAUUGAGCUUUAAAUCUGUGAUUUAAAUUUGUGUGAAAACGUGAUGUUGCAAAAGAUAAAAUGAAUUUAAAUGUUUUCAAUUUAUAAACUACAGCAGUGCGAUUCCGCAAGUAAAACUUCUUUAUUCACCAUUUUAACGAUGAUUGUCAUUUCAUAUACACAGAUGGCACUACUACUAGCUUGAGUUUUCAACAAAAUAAUAUAAAUUAAAUAGUUUGCCGUCAUUAAGAAAGUAAGAAAAUCAUUUUAUUUUCUUCUCAGUUAAAAGAUUGCAAUUAAUUUCGGUCAGCAGUCAUUAAUUACGGUGAAGUCGAGAAAAUAUUUUCUUCUCAGAUUCCUGAAAAAAUUUAUUCGACUCCGACUCCGUAUUUUAUUUUCUUCUCAGUUAACAGAUUGCAAUUAAUUACGGUCAGCAGUCAUUAAUUACGGUGAAGUCGAGAAAGUAUUUUCUUCUCAGAUUCCUGAAAAAAUUUAUUCGACUCCGACUCCAUAUUUUCUUUUCUUCUGAGUUAAAAGAUUGCAAUUAAUUACGGUCAGCAGUCAUUAAUUACGGUGAGGUCGAGAAAAUAUUUUCUUCUCAGAUUCCUGAAAAAAUUUAUUCGACUCCGACUCCAUAUUUUCUUUUCUUCUGAGUUAAAAGAUUGCAAUUAAUUACGGUCAGCAGUCAUUAAUUACGGUGAAGUCGAGAAAAUAUUUUCUUCUGGUUGCAGCAAAACUUAGUUAAUUAACCUAUCCACUUAUUUAAUUUAAUAAACAAUUUAUUUUCAGGAGAACAAAUUGUUUAUUAAAUUGAUAAGAUGAAUAUACAAUUUGAUAAUAGAUUUGGCUUUUGCCUAAUCUAAACUAAAAGUAUAAUUUACAGGUUAUGGUGUGCCGAUGUUUUUACAACGAAUUUCUGAUGACUGUGGCGAAGUUUUUAUUAAUUUGGCGAACUUCUCAUUAUGACGUAUUUCUGAUAACGUGGUGAGGAGGCAUGACGAAUUUCGUAAAUCUUCAUCUGGUACUCAGCUGAAGUUCCAUAAUCUGACGGUUUACAGUUAGUUUAACUUCAAUAAAAUUUCAUCAUAUUACUAGUUUAAUUAUUUUAAAAUGUCCAUUGGUUAUUAAAAUCAAAACAUAUUCCUUACGAUUUGAAGAAUUUCGUUUCCCUGAAACCGUAGAGUUUUUAAUUACUUAAUCUAGUUUCAUUUUCAUAACCUGGAUGGAAGUCAUAGUUUAUAGAAACAAAAUAAAUUCUUUGUAAACUA